AUUUUCAUUUCUUCAACUUCUUUCAGGUUCUCAGAUCCAAAACAUUCUAUAUUACGUAACUAAUUAUAUGGGCACCAAGAACAUUCAAGCCAAGCUGGUUAUUCUCGGGGAUAUGGGAACAGGAAAAACAAGCUUAGUCUUGAGAUUUGUGAAGGGCCAAUUCUAUGAUUACCAGGAAUCAACCAUUGGAGCAGCAUUUUUCACAGAGGUGUUGUCAAUAAAAGAUGCAAAUGUUAAGUUAGAUAUAUGGGACACUGCAGGACAAGAACGUUACCACAGCUUAGCUCCUAUGUACUAUCGUGGUGCAGCUGCAGCUGUCGUCAUUUAUGACAUUACUAGCAAGGAGUCAUUUGAGAAGGCGAGAAGAUGGACACAAGAAUUACUAAGGCAAGCAAAUCCUUGUAUAUUCACUGCAUUGGUUGGAAACAAAGCAGACCUUCAUGAGAAAAGGGAGGUCGAUAACGAGGUAGCAGAGCAAUAUGCAAGAGAAAAUGGGUUGCAUUUCUUUGAAGCUUCGGCAAAAACUGCACAGAAUGUGAACGAGAUCUUCCUUCAAAUAGCAAAGACACUGGCAACAACAUGCCCAUCUCGUACAACUGGAAUGAAAUUGCAAAACAGACAGCCAGGUCGAACAGGAAUGCUUUGUUGCCUCAAUUGAUACAUUCUGCACUUGCUGUUAAUGCGGAUCUGUUGAAUACAUUGCGGAUGCUUAAAAAAAUGCCAAGUCAGAGAAGGGUAUGAAAACACAUUUAGUGGAGACUUGACAAGUUGACAGAUACUAUUAUUAAUCAUUCCUAUUUGUAUUACUCCCUAUGUAAUUGUAUUUGAAUGUGUGUAUUAUAUACUGCAAUCUUGUUCGCUAAGCAGCUGUAUUUGUCUGUUAUCUUUCCUACUUCAUUGAAAUGGACAUGAUGACUGAUCUAUUUGACAGGCUCA